AUGAUGAACGAAACUCAUUCCACAGCAACAACUACUACGACCACUUUUAUCUCAGCUGCUGCAACCACCACCACCUCUUCCUCCACAACAACAACAGCUGUUGCAACCACCCUUCACAUGAAAGAAUGGAUUGCUGGAUGUUUCGGAGGAGUCACACAAAUUCUGAGUGGUCAUCCGUUGGAUACCAUCAAAGUGAAAAUUCAAACAGCAACAAAAUUACAAUCCCUAUCACCCAUGAGUUUGUUGAAAGAGAUUGUUCAAACGAAAGGAAUUCGAGGAUUGUAUCGAGGAGCAACAAGUCCUCUUGUUGGAGCUUGUAUUUUGAACAGUGUCGAAUUUGGAGUCUAUAAUGAAUGUAAGGAAUGGUUCAGCAAAAGAUAUGUCAAAGAGGGGCCUCUUUCUCUUUACAAAAUUGCAAUUGCUGGAGCCUUGUCAGGAGUGGUUGGCUCUCUCGUGACAACUCCCACUGAAUAUUUGAAAUGUAAUUUACAAGUGGAAUCGAAUAUGAAUCACAAAUUCAAUGGUCCAUUUGAUUUGAUGAGACAUCUUUACAAACAACAAUUACAGUCUCUCAAUUCUUCUUCCCUUAAUAGUAGUCAUUUUGUUGUAAAAUAUAUGCAUCGCAUGAGAUCCUACUUGCGAUUUUACAAAAGUAUUAAUCGAGGAUUUGCAAUCACAACUCUUCGAGAAAGUGGAUUGGCCUUAUAUUUUGGAUCUUACGAAGCCACAAUGAGAUUUUUACAAUUCAUGACAAUUCGUAAUAAUACUUCUCCUCAAAAACCACCCACUUGGCAUUCCUUAAUUGGAGGUGGAAUUGGAGGUCUUGUAUUUUGGACUGUCAUGUUUCCAGUGGAUAUGAUUAAAACGAGGAUUCAAAUUGACUCGAUUCAGAACAAUUUAACACUGACCACGCCAACGUCAGGUCACCAUCAACAUCAUCAUGGAUCUCAACACUUUGUGUCGACAUGGGAAAUGAUGAAACGAAUCUAUUCGGAACAAGGGACAUCAGGAUUUUACAGUGGAUACAAAUCUGCAAUUUUGAGGGCGAUUAUUGUGAAUGCAGCCGUGUUCGCCACAUACGAGCAAGUCAAACAUUUCAUGAGGGAGAAAUAA